CCAUGCAAAUUGCGACACACUCUUCGAUUUAGUCAUAGAAUGGCCGCACCUUAAUUGGCUAUAAAGAACACAUCACAACUUUUUUCACGCGUUCGUCGUGUUCGUGUAUCACCAUCACCAUUUUCAUGUUGAUUUCUGCUUGUAAUUUCAGAAACAUAUCCUCUUUGGAUUUGAACAGUACUGAAUUAAUCCCGACGAAGAAAAAGAAGAUUGAGAAUAUUCCGGAGAAGAUGUGGCUGUUUAGAAGAAAUGGGCCGUCGGGAUUCUCUUCCGCCUCCACCGCCGACGAAGUUACCGCCGGAAUCGACGCCUCUGGCCUCACCGCCAUUGUUACAGGGGCGUCGAGUGGUAUCGGUACAGAAACGGCACGUGUUCUUGCAAAGCGCGGUGUGCAUGUUGUAAUGGGUAUAAGAAAUAUGGAUGCAGGCAAACAAGUUAAAGAAGCAAUAGUUAAAGAGAUCCCUUCUGCUAAAGUUGAUGCAAUGGAGUUAGAUCUCACUUCCUUGGCUUCCGUUAGAAAAUUCGCGUCCGAUUUUUCCUCCUCGGGUCGCCCCUUGAACAUCUUGAUUAACAAUGCAGGAGUAAUGACACCCCCUUUCCAGUUGUCCAAAGACAACAUCGAGACGCAGUUCGCCACAAACCACUUGGGUCAUUUUCUUUUGGCAAAUUUGUUAUUGGACACGAUGAAAAAGACAGCUCGCGAGACGAAAAAAGAAGGAAGGAUCGUGAAUGUUUCCUCGGAGGCUCACCGAUUUCCAUAUAAAGAAGGAAUUCGUUUCGACAAACUCAAUGAUGAAGAAGGAUACAGCAGAUGGGGUGCGUACGGCCAAUCAAAACUUGCAAACGUAUUGCACGCUAAUGAACUGACGAGACGCUUAAAGGAAGAAGGUGCGGAUAUAACGGCAAAUUCACUUCAUCCUGGAAUUAUCACGACAAAUCUUUUCCGUCACCUUGGUGUUUUUGAAGGUAACCUUGGUGUUUUUGAAGGUUUUGUUAGUACACUCGGUCGAAUGGUGCUUAAGAACGUACAACAGGGGGCAUCAACCACCUGUUAUGUGGCAUUGCGCCCGGAGUUGAAGGGCGUUAGCGGUAAAUACUUUUCGGACAACAACUUGGCGGAUGCGAGUGAAAAAGCUGCCGACAAAGAUUUGGCUCGGAAAUUAUGGGAAUUUAGCCUGGACUUGACUAAGAAGUAAAUCUUUCUGCUAUAUCAAUUUCGAAAAAAAACUAGACUUUCAGAAAUAGUUUUUCUUAAAUUUUUUGAACUUUAUCAUUCUUCGAAUUUAUGAUAUGGGAGGAAUUUCAACGAGAGGAUUUGAGUGAAAUGCUUUAAAUCGAUAAUGGGAGACUCGUUUAAUUUAAUUGGACUUGUUUCUUUUGACAGUUAA